AUGCGGCUACUACACAUUACGGACGACGGAAAGCUCAAGUUUACCAAGGACAUCAUCCUCAAGGACGAAGUUCCCCCCUAUGCGAUCCUUUCGCACACUUGGGGGGACCAAGAGGUGGUUUUCAACGACAUGAAGAGUUUAGAUGACUUGAACGAUGUCGACGCCAAGAAGAAAGACGGCUGGAAGAAGAUUGAUUUCUGCGCACAACAAGCAAAGCGUGACGGCCUGAAGUAUUUCUGGAUAGACACAUGCUGCAUCGAUAAGGCUAAUCACACGGAGCUUUCGGAGGCGAUCAACUCGAUGUUUCGCUGGUACCAGAAAGCCGAAAGGUGCUAUGCCUUUCUCUCGGACAUUCAGGGGAAGUCAUCAGAAGGUGAAUGCAGAUCGUCCUCGAGAUGGAAAGCGGCUUUCAGGGCGAGCAGGUGGUUCAGCCGAGGCUGGACGCUUCAAGAGCUUCUAGCUCCGCGAUCCGUCGAGUUCUUUUCUAGAGACGAAGCGUGGCUGGGCGAUAAAGAAUCGCUUAAGCAAACGAUACACGAAAUCACAAAGAUACCUAUUGACGCCCUGACAGGGAGUGAUCUGUCCAAGUUUGAUAUCGAUGAACGAUUCUCUUGGGCACAAAGUCGACAAACGACGCGGGAAGAAGACGGUGCAUACUGUUUGUUAGGCAUAUUCGGCUGCCACCUUCCACUGAUCUAUGGCGAAGGCAAAGAAAAAGCUUUGGAGCGACUACGGAAGGAGAUGCCAGAGGCAUCCGAGAGGCUUAGCAAAAUCCGCUGCUGGCUUUCGGCGCCCGACCCGUCUACGAACUAUCACAAAGCGCAGAAGCAGCGACAGGCUGAUACUGGCCUAUGGCUACUGAACAGCGCACAGUUCGAAAAUUGGAAGACAGCCGCGGCAUCGCGGCUUUGGCUGCAUGGAAUUCCAGGAUGCGGAAAGACCAUCCUGAGCUCUACUAUCAUCGAGCAUAUGCUGCUGCACUGCGAGAACGAUAUCCAAAAAGUGACAGUCUACUUCUACUUUGAUUUCAACGAUUCGCAGAAACAGAAUCCAGAGCCAAUGCUCCGCUCGUUGCUCCGCCAACUCCUGCAGUGCUUGGCUGUGACACACAAGGACGUUGACGCUUUGUUCUUGUCCUGCAAGAACGGAGAAAAACAGCCGUCACUGCAUGAACUUCUGGACGUAAUGCCGAAGGUAAUGCGGCAGUUCACACAUGUUUAUAUCGUUCUUGACGCGCUCGAUGAGUGUACACAACGAUCGGAACUGAUGAGCAUGCUUGAAUCAGUGAUUGGGUGGAAGCUUGACAUGGUACAUCUGCUCCUGACUAGCCGAAAAGAGAGGGAUAUCGAGAUGUCCUUGGAGGGUCACAUCGAAGAAGACAAUGUUGUCAGUCUUCAGAGGGACAUAGUGAACGAAGAUAUAUCACGAUACGUUCGAAACAGGCUGCAUGAAGACAAGGCCUUGGCGAAAUGGAACAAGGACGCUGAUAUUAGACAAGAGAUUGAGACAGCCUUGAUGAGCCGAGCUGGCGGGAUGUUUCGAUGGGCUGCAUGUCAACUUGAUAUGCUAGCUAAGAGCCGUAACCUAGCCGCGCUGCGCAAGUCGCUCGCUAGUCUGCCACAAACUUUGGACCAGACAUACGAUCGCAUUCUCACUGCUAUACGCGAAGAAGACCGCGUGUACGCAAUACGCAUCUUGCAGUGGUUGACCUUCUCUGAAAGGCCGCUCACUAUCGAGGAAGUUGCCGAAGUGGCUGCAAUCGAUAUCCAGGGCGAACCGGUAUUCGAUCGCGAUGAAGUGCUGAUAGAUCCGCUAGAAGCGUUAGACAUUUGUUCCAGUCUGAUCACUGUCACCGGUUCAGCAGAAAAGAGAAAAAAUGAAGACGGACGACUGGCUGACUCACGAAUUCUCUCUCUAGCACACUACUCAGUUCAAGAGUACCUUGUUUCAGACAGAAUCAAGCAAGGACCAGCAAAGCAAUAUCAUAUGCAAGAAGUUGAGAGCCAUGAAGCGAUACUGAAAGGUUGUAUUGGAUACCUCAACCAGUUUCAAGGACCGAUUACCGACGCACAAUUCGACAUCUCCGCGCUCGCAAUGUAUUCAGCGGAGUUCUGGAUUUCGCAUUUUGAAAAGGCAGGAGGUGAGACGGAAAACGUAUGCCGGAUAGCGCUGAGUAUCUUUUCGAUGGACAGCCCUGCAUAUCAAAGUUGGUUACGGUUGUGGGAUCCAGAACAGGCUGAGAUGGGUGAUGAUCCUCUAAUUUUGAAUCGAGGACUAGAUGACAUGGCAACACCCCUUUACCACGCAGCAAGAUUAGGCUUGGGUAAGAUUACGAAACUUUUGCUGGAUCAGGGUGCCGAUGUCAACGCGCAGGGCGGGGAGUUUGGGAAUGCGCUUAUGGCAGCUUCAAAUGGAGGCCACACAGCAGUGGCUGAGCUGUUGAUCAAUGCUGGCGCAAAUGUCAACAGCAUUCAAGGAUUCUGGGGCAGUCCGCUAUGCUUAGCUGCAGGAAGCGGUAGCGAGGCAAUGGUCAAAUUGUUGAUUGAUGCAGGCGCUGACAUCAAUGCGCCUAUGCCCAAAUCAUGUGCUUGGGGCAACGCGCUUCAGGCUGCUCUCGAAUGGGAAAAAGAAGCCAUGGUCAAGUUGUUGCUUGAAGAAGGUGCCGACUGUGGUUUGGACGAGUAUUUGAGAGGCCCUAUUCAUUAUGCCCUUAUCAGUGAUAUGCGCACACCAUCGCUCAUCAGUAUCUUACAGCAACACGGCGCUUCGAUAGAUGCGAUCGAUAUCGAGAAUAUGACGCCACUCCAUUAUUGUGCUCGUAAUGGCGAUCAGAAGGCCGCAGAAAAACUCCUUGAUGCAGGGGUACCGAUUGAUAUAGGAGUUCGACGAAAGUCGUGGCCCAGGGAUGGCGACACAUCGAGUCCUAUUGAUCAAGUGGACACAGUAUAUCCGAUUCCAGAAUCCAUCGCAGUUGGUCUGGCCCCUUUACACUUCGCAGCCUUGACCGGUAAUCUUACGAUGACGAAAUUCUUUCUCGAUCACGGCGCAGAUCCCAAUGCUCUUUCCGAGUAUGGCGAGACCCCCCUACAUCUUAACCAGCGCCUCACACUCUACGGAACGCGAUAUAAAGACAGCUGGACUCGCAGGGAUUACAGGUUAGAAAGCCGUUCAAGGUCACGGUAUCGGUAUGAAAUGGAUCCAAACUUUUCAUCUAUCGCGUCUACGCGUGAAAGGAUACUUGACGCGUUAUUGGACCAUCCUAAUAUUUCCACUGCAACACAAGACUACCAAGGCGAAAACCUCUUACACUGCAUCAAAUAUGGGAAACCAGAAAGCGUGACCUUAGUCCAGAAGCUCCUUUCACGGGGAGCCGACCCCUCGUGUGUCAACUCUAGUCAAAAAAGUCCAUUGCGCCUUGCCAGUGAAGCUGGUGAUACUGCAUCGGUUGUUGCUUUGCUGAGCACAGGUACGAAAGCGGUAUGGACUGAAGAAUGCCUCCUCCAUGCACUUGAUCACGCAACUCGAAACGGAGACCAUGAGGCUAUAGUCGCCAUUCUGGAGUUGAAGGAGGCACGAGCACUUAAGCUUGUAGCUACGAAGAAUGAGCAUGGACAGAAUUUGCUUCACCGCUUGUUCUGUGCACGAUACAUUCGGAUUGAUACGGUACAGUGGUUAUUGGACGAAGGAGCGGACAGUUCAGAGCUUGAUGAUUUCGGCUUAUCCCCGCUGGCAAGACUCAUCCAAAAUUACACGUGGCAAUCCAAUAUUGAGGAGAUCUGCAGGUUGCUCCUCAAGAUCACAGGAAACGAGUCAUUUGUCGACUGUUAUGGGCGAAACCUCGGACACCUGUGUGCUGCAACACCCAACUUUGAGACCUACAUGUUGAAAGCUUUCAAUGAUCACGGUGUGGAUCUAGCAAGAAGAGACUGUGGUGGAGGAACUGUCCUCCAUAGCGCUGCUAUGUCUGGCUUCCUUACUGCAGGAUCGCUGGAGUAUCUUGUCAACAGUAUCGGCAUCCAGGCGAAUGAAGAAGACGCACAUGGUCGUACUGCCCUGCAAUACGCUAUCGAGGAAGCUUGGAAAGAACGCGGCUCGGACACUAUGAAUCCUGAACGCUGGAAAAGGACCAGGAACAUAUUGGCAAAGCAUCAUGCCACGGUGUCAAAGGAAGAAAUCGGACUCCCGCCUGGGUGGCUUCGGGCGCAGGAUUUCGAUUUUUCCAUUUGA